UUAGAUAUGCGGAGCUCGCUGUUGUGAUGUAGUGUGAAUGCUAUGCCGUGUAAAAACAUACGUAGAAAUGACUAAUUACUCUCAGUGAACAGUAAGCGCAUUUGUUGAUGCCAAGAUCGUUUAUUAAAGAGGAAUUUGCCUUAUUAUUUAUUUAGGAAAUACGUCAGCGUUAACGUUUGUGUUUGGGAUUUAUUAUUAACAGCAACGAACAAUGUGGACCGUAUUCCUGCUUAUUGCCUGCGUUGCCAUGACGACCUCAGAGGUUAGGGGUCAGCUCCCGGGUCGUUCCAAGUAUAACGUGAAGACCUUCCCGGACCCAAUAGACCGCUACCAGGCCUGCGGGAGGCCCUUUCCGUCGUUCGUCUGCGACCCCACCAACAUCCUGUCGGAAGUGGCAGCGAACUUACUUGAUGACGAUCUCAAGAAAAUAUACAACGAGACGACAGUACCCUGCUACUCCUCCGGUCCGCGGGCCUCCCGCCGGAGGGGCUACAUCGUGAUGGUCGCCAUGGUGCCGGAGAUGGACCGACUGCAUACUGUCAACAACCCCAACUACACGAUUAAUGUGCGCUACCACGAGGCCCAAUUCUUCUCCUAUUACCUUGGUAACCAACUCAAGUGGGGCAAGCACUCCUCGCAGUGCAACGAAAUGGUCAUCAUCUUCUACUCGCAGCAGGACGGAGUUUUGUACACGUCAACACAGUCCACCGCGCGUCGUCUGCUCACAGAUGACGUAGUUCGUACGGUUAACAUGGACGCCAUGCCUAUGUACUACCCGUUUACGCGCAACAAAGGCAAUCUAGCGGACGCCAUCACUUACAUAGCACGGCGAUACGGAGACGUUCUACGGGAGGAGGUCAAUCCCGCCCAACAACAAAAAUAAAAACAGCAGCAACAUAAAUAACCAUUGCAAUAAAGUAAAUAUGCUUAUUAAGAGACACAAACAAACAAUGUGAAUGAAACGACUCGAGUGUGUACACAAAGUUAGCGUUUGUUACGAACUUAUUUAUUCGUAUUGACUGCACCCAUAAAGCCAGUGUAUAAUAUAACUUUAUUUUAGGAUUGUAUUGCUUCAAAUGAUGGGUGUUAAAGUCUCAUUUGUAUUUUAAUUAAGUGAACACGUAGUUGCGUUGUUUUGUUUUGCAAUCUGAUCAUGUGUGUUGAUGUCUGAUAGGAUUUUAAAGGAUGAAAACACGUAGUUAUCAUUGAUAGUACAAUAUCUGAAAUUGAUUUUAGUGCGUUUAUAAAUGUACGAGCCCUGCUUAUUAGAAAUAAACGGAUGUCGUAGAAA